UGGCGUCCCAAGAUGGCGUCGUGGCUGCCGGAGACUCUGUUUGAAAUUGUAGGACAAGGCCCGGCGCCGAGCAAAGACUAUUACCAGUUGUUGGUCACUCAGACUCAGAUGAUCUUUAGAUGGUGGAAGAUUUCUCUGAGAAGCGAGUUUCGGACAGCAAAACCUGGAGAGAUAAAGGAAACCCAUGAAGACUUCCUAGACAACUCUAAUCUUCAAGUACAAAUCGCCUUAGUAUUUGGUGCAAGAGUAUUAGACUAUGUCUUCAACCUGUGCCAAGGUAAAUUUGACUACCUGGAGCGGCUGUCGGACAAACUGCUACUGAAGAUCAUCUGCUAUCUGGACCUCGAGGACAUUGCCAGGCUCUCGCAGACAUCCAGCAGGUUUGCCAAGCUGUGCAAGUCUGACUCACUGUGGGAGCAGAUAGUUCAAUCGGCCUGUGACACCAUCACCCCUGACAUGAGGGCCCUGGCGAUGGAUGUGGGCUGGAGACAGAUGUUCUUCACCAACAAGAUCCAGCUGCAGAGGCAGAUCCGCAAGAAGAAGCAGAGACACGGAAAGCACAAGGAGAAGCAUAUUUAGGGGCCAUGGUGCUUCUCUUCAGGCCCGGAUCUUGUCCUAAUGACAGCCAUUGCUGAUUUCAGGAAUCACCUGAAAAUCCCACUUUGAACACACAUACAAAUCCACCCAGUGCCUUGCUUGAGCAAACCACCCCUGUCCUGCUCAGGCCAACCCAUGGCCCACAUACCUAAGGCUACAAGACAGGAAGCCUCUCAGGCCACCACCUUCCCCAACCCCUGCUGCUCCUGAGGGAAAAGGCUUGUUGUGUAUGAACUAACAAUAAAGAGUUACUACCA